UAUAUCGAUAUUAAAGUACAACAACACUAGUCGCGCGUAAUUUUAUAUUUCCCCGAUACAUUUUAUUUUGGCGUGCCGACUUUCAGAAGUUCUGGUGUCGGAGCGCGAGACGCUUGUGGCCGACCAAGAGUGAUCGAAAUAACCUGGACUAUAAUUAGAUUGUGUUAUGUGUAGAGAAAAUGAUUUUAAAUCGGUAUGAAAAAUUACCGACGCACAAGCAUUGCCGCCUAAAAGUGUAAAUAGAUGCUAAUUAUUAGGAUAUUAAAUAAACAAAUAGUUUUAUAAUAAUAACCAAGAAAUAAAUGGCAUUUCGAAAAGUAUAGUUCAGUGAGCGUGUGAAAGAGAUAGACUUAUACGACGAGUCGCUGAAGAAAAGAGAAAGAUGUCGCUAGUUGCACCAAGGAGGGUCCAACUUGAUUGGGCUCCUACUAUACCAUGGGAACAAGAGCCGGCGUGUGAGAGAGACACAUCGUUUAAAGAGCAGGCACCGCACCAAUCCAAUAGAUCAGAAUCUUCUUCAUCAUCAGCUGAUACAGCUUCUCAGGGCUCAGGGUCGGCUGCCCCGGUACAAAAAGCGCGGCGAAAUGAGCCACAGAGAGAAGAGCGUCGGCAGGAAGCGGCAACCGCCCCCCGUAUACAGACAAACCCGUUAUUGAGGUCCCGGACCCUCCCCAACUUCGGCGGGCGAGCGUCCCGCGAGGCGUCGCGCUGCGACACCUCCCGCCGUGCGCACCACAUCACCAUGGCGUCCGAGGACCUGCUGCAGCCAGGACACGUCGUCAAGGAGAGAUGGAAGGUUGUAAAGAAGAUAGGUGGCGGUGGCUUCGGCGAGAUCUACGAGGGUCUAGACCUGGUCACCCAGGAGCAGGUCGCUCUGAAGGUGGAGUCGGCGCGCCAGCCCAAACAGGUGCUCAAGAUGGAGGUGGCUGUUCUCAAGAAGUUACAAGGCAAGGAGCAUGUCUGCCGCUUCAUCGGCUGCGGACGCAACGCGCGCUUCAACUACGUGGUGAUGCAGCUGCAGGGCAGGAACCUGGCCGAGCUGCGUCGUGCGCAGCCGCGGGGCGCCUUCUCACUCUCCACCACGCUCAGGUUGGGACUACAAAUACUCAAAGCUAUAGAUUCUAUACACUCUGUGGGAUUCCUGCACAGAGAUAUUAAACCUAGUAACUUCAGCAUAGGCCGUCACCCGUCCAACUGCCGCAAGGUGUACAUGCUGGACUUCGGGCUCGCGCGCCAGUACACCACCAGCAACGGCCAGGUCCGCCCGCCCAGGGCCGCCGCCGGCUUCCGGGGCACCGUCCGCUACGCAUCGAUCAACGCUCACAAGAACAAGGAGAUGGGCAGACACGACGACCUCUGGUCGCUGUUCUACAUGUUGGUGGAGUUCGUCAACGGACAGCUGCCCUGGAGGAAGAUCAAGGAUAAGGAGCAGGUGGGCCUGAUGAAGGAGAAGUACGACCACCGCCUGCUGCUGAAGCACCUGCCGUCGGAGCUGCGCCAGUUCCUGGAGCACGUGCAGGCGCUGGAGUACGCGGACGCGCCCGACUACGGCAUGCUGGGCGCGCUGCUGGAGCGCUGCUGCAAGCGCAGGGGCAUCCGCGACACCGACCCCUACGACUGGGAGAAGGACGCUCAACCGGCGGGCCCGAGUGCGAGGCAAUCGGACCUAGCAGACAGGACCAGUCAAAUGUCGCCUAUAUAUUCUGAAACCUAUGGCAGUAUCACCACUUUAACACUAUCAGAUCAUAUCUCUGAAGUUGCCUUAAGAUGCAGCCUUUCGGAGGACAGUUUGAGCAGUGAUUUUGAAUUUGAUAAUCUGAAUGUGAAGGAAAAUGAAGCCAAAAAGGUCACAGAGGUUACAGAAAAAGUCGAUGCUGCGCCCGCGCCGCGAGCCCGCGCGGCCAUGACGACGGGUCCCAUACAGCCAGAUGUGGCUAAUGAACAUGCGCGGCGCCGCCUGGAGACGGAGAGCAGCCCGGGCGCGGCCGCGGACACGGCGGCCCCCGCGCGCGCCGAGCGCAGGCCCGCGCCCGCCUCGCCCCGCCAUCAGCCGCAUCAUCUCAACGGAUAUUCGACAACAGACAAGCCGACCACAGACAAAGAGGCGGAGCCCAGAACGACGCCAGCGCCCUCUCCUGACAGACACGCCAAGCAGGAGAGCAGUACGUCAGCAGUGACGGGCGGCCGGGCCGAGCGGCAGAGCGUGCCGCCCUGCAAGCCGCGCCCGCCCGCGCCCGGCGGCGGCCCGACGCUGGCCCGCCUGCGCGUGGUGACGGCGCCGCCCACGUGCGUGCAGGACCUGGCCGCGGCCUCGCCCGCCACGCCCGGCGAAGCCGUAAGUCCCAGGAUAAUAGCAGCCGAUGUGGACAGCGUGCACUCAGACACGCACUUCAAGAGAGGAGCUCGUCGCACGGCCCGCGCGCGCGCAGACCAGAGCUACACUCAGUUCGCCGUCAUGGACGACGAAAACGUGUCCGCUUUGCAACAGGUCACGAAAGGCGGCGCCUUAACUCUGGUUUCUCUAUGGAAAUCUCAGUUUGACGAUUCGGAGGAGACCACAGACAAUGAAUGGAAACAGGAACAGUUGCAGUCCCCGGAGCACCGCGCGCGCGCCGCGUCCGCGCUGUCGUCGUGCUCGCACGCGGCGCGCACUCAGCUCCACACCACGCACUCCACCACCCACCACACGCAGCACACCGUGCAGCUGCAUCAUCACCAGGCACAACAGCAAACCGACAAAGUAUCCCCGCCUCCGCAGGCGGGCCCCGCCCCUUCAGCCGCAGCGCCCGCCCCCAGCCCCGCCCCAGCGCCCGCGCGCCCUACCAGCGAGCCGGCGCGCCGCGUCCCGCCCGCCCCCGCGGCCUCGCCCGCCCCGCCCGCGCCUCUGCCCACUCGCCGACCAGUCCAGUGCCUGUACAUACCCGGGAUCGAUGCGUACCCCAAGCUUCAGCCAAUGUUGCCGCGGUGUUGGUCGCUGCCUGCUAUUGGCGAGCGAGUCCGUUCACUUCGCGCCCCGCUCCUGCAGCAAGCGUCGUUCGACGGCAGCGGCGGCGAGCUGCGCUACCGACUCGACGUCAUGCGCGGCGUCGCUGCGAGGGACCGCGCCGCGCCUCCGCCGCCACAACGCGCGCUCAGUGCACCUAGCUUGUCCAGCUCGUCGUCGAGCUCCCGCGCGCCCCCCGCGCCCCCCGCGCCCCCGCCGGGUGAGGGCGCGGAGGGCCCCACGGUGUCGAGCCGGCUAGAGAUCCGCGUGCGCGCGCCGCCCUCCGCCUCGCCCGCGCACUCCGUGAAGAUUCAGUCCGUGGUGAGCGGCGAGACGAGGCCCAACCACGACGACGCGUCCGUCUACUACGACGCCACGGAACAUCAUCGGGACAAGCGGUCGAUGACCCGCAGCGUGGAGAAGAGUCAGUCUCCAGCAGUGGAGAUGACACGACUAGACGCAAUUCCGGACCGAACCACUACAGCAAUUAAAAAAGAUAUGGCAAGCGCCGCUGGCGAUGGCUCACAAAGUUUAAGAGACCGCUCGUCGGGCAGCGCGAGCACGUCGCGCAUCCCGGUGGCGUGCGGCGCGGAGCAGCGCCUCGCCAAGUGCGCGUCCUGGAGCGGGGACGGGCCGCUGGCGCCCGACGUCGCGGACCUCACGCCCGCGUUGCGCCGCCGCCGUCAGAAUGCCAACGACAAAUACGCUUCGGACCCUGCCCGGGAACUGAACCUGAGGUUCGCGAGGCCGAGACACCGGCAACCGCCGCACCAUCACUCUAGCCGCAGCGGGUCCCGCGGGGUCCCCGCGCUGCUGCUGGGCUCCCCGCCGGGGUCGGGCGCGUCGUCCCCGUCGGGGUCCCCGCCCCCGGCCGCGCCCCCCGCGCCCCCCCCUCACCACAACGCCGCCCGCGCGCGCCGCUUCCGCCCGCUCUCCAUCGCGCCCUAACUCACACGUAGCGAACGCGUCUGAGCUACGUCUUAACUAAUAUGGACUCUGUUGCUCUAUUAAUAAUGGUUAUUUUUGAUUGCAACUGUUGUGUCAUGGUUUAGUACCAAUGUGACUGGUUCGUAACAGGUAUGUGCUACAAUAAACUUAUACAAACGUCUGAGCACUUGUUGCUUAAGGCAUAUGGACUCUGUUGCUCUGUUAAUAAUGGUUAUUUUUGAAUACAGCUCAUGUCAGUCAAGGUUUAGUACCAAUGUGACUCCUUUCAAACAACCACUGUUGUGCUAGAAGCUGUCUAUAGGAAUAUGGACUUUGUUGUUAUAACAAUAAUGAUUAUUUUCGAAUACAGCAGGUAUAUGUUUAAUACCAAUGUGACUGGUUUCAAACAGGUAUUGGUGUGCUAGUUAGUUAGGAAUAUGGACUUUGUUGUAAUAACAAUAAUGAUUAUUCUCGAAUGAUGUGUAUAUCACAGUAUAUAUAGUAUCAAUGUGACGGAAGUAGAAGACUGUAUACGGAAUCCUUUACUUAUUUACUUUUGAAGUGGAAUAGCGUUUUUUAACUUUAUUGUCUCAGUUAUAAGUCUGAUAUUUCUUUAGUUGUUACAAAGGAACUGUUUAGAUGUAACUGUCGUCAUCCCUAUUUUGUAUCAAUUUCAAGUCGCUGCCAUAUUACCUGUUACUUUAACAAGUAAAACUCGCCCAACCGACUGUAAUUAGAAAAGUGGUACUUUGACGUCAUAUUGGUACUAACCUAAUUCGAAAAUAUGACACAACUGUUCAUGUUACUAGCAAUAGAAAAUAAUCAUUAUUAUUAAUGCAAUAAAGUUCACAUUCACAUGACAAGCUUGCUUGAGAAAACGAUGUUUCUCAAUACUAUAUUUAUACACAUAAAUGUUAAGACAGACUUCUGUCAUAAUUAUAAAUAUCGCUCUGGGCAUAUAAAUAGAAAACUUUCUUUAAAAAAGGUAAUAUUUUUAAA